AUGGCGCUCCAGCAUGUGGUCCUGGUGCUGCUGGUCGUGGAGGGAAGUCAAGCCCAGAACGCAACCUCAGCAGACCCGCCUGUGGCUUUGGGGGACCUGAUACAUUGUCCUUGUGGUGUGAAGUGCUUGAUGGAGCUUGGAAGGUGGCACAUAUUCAACGUUGGCCAGUCUUGCAUGUGCCAAGCAUGCAGCGCUGAAACCAACCUACGUGGUUCUGACCCCAAACAGGCAGCACAUGCGACUCCUACUGCCGAAGAGAAGACAGUGGCCGAAGAGUUUCUGACCUGGGACAGCGGCCUGGUGCCGGCCAGCAACCUUCUUUAUUGCAGGUGUGGACGCAAUGGGUGGGGAGGCUGCAAACCAUGCCGCAUGACGUGCCCAUGCGGAAAAGAAUGUGUGGACUGGGUGCAAGGGAUUUACGGGGCACCUGCAUGGUGCAUAGAGCAUCGCUGCACGGCGUGCUAA